CUCAACGGCGGGUAAAAAAGAAUUAAUGAAAAACAAACAAAUUUAAAUGAAAAAUUAACCAAAAAUGAAUAAAGGAAUCGACUUUGAGGCUCCAUUGAACGAGCAGAUUCUCGCCAUCAAUAAAAGUACAAAUGGUCCCGUCGCAAAAUAUAAUUUACUGUACCAAACAGAGAAAAUGAUCAAAGAACGUGAUUUCAAGUCAGUUAUUUUGGCUUCAACGGAGGCUUUGAGUGCAAUUCCCAAAAUCAAGUACAAUUUCAACCCCGAACGAGAUGUCAUCUCCACAGAUCGACGAGCUCUUUGUCCAAUAAUCCGCAAUGACGUCUCCAAAUGCCUCAAAAAGUCAAAACCUGAACAACCGCCUUCCAUCAACCAACUUUUCAGUGAAUUAAAUGCAGCUUCGAAGACACUUCCCGCUGAAUGGAUGGUCGUUCAAAUUGCAAAACGAUUUGAUUCUUCCUUCAUUGGUGCGACAAACAAACAAAUUACUUGCAAAGACACGGGAUUGAUCAUCACCCUCUUUCACUAUCCUCGAUGGGAAUUGAAUGACAAGCGACCUUUAGCGAUUGUCGUGCCGCCGGGCGAUAACGAUCGCAUGUAUACCGGAGUUUUUGAGAUUUACGAGGCUCUGAAGGAGAACUUGAUGUACAACAAGGAGCAAGAUUCCGGUCAAAAUCGUCAAAAAUAUUGGGAAAAUCUGCGAGUUGUCGAGGAAAAAUUAACAAAACUCGUCGAAGAACAGGAAAAAUGGUUCGGAACAUGGCGCUUUUUGCUGACAGGAUACUUUAAAAAGACCGAAGACAAAGCCAUGGAAGCGAAAAUCUACGCAAAAGUCGACCAAUAUUGCAAACAACACAAAAGUAGCACGGAAUUUCGGAUAAUUGUCAGUUUGCUUGCACGCCGCAUCGAUUUGAUGUCACACAAGGCACUUUACGAGUUUUGUUGUCACUAUUCCGAAACAGAUGCCGAAGUAAAAAGACUUUUUUUGUUCCUGAUUGACAUUCAAAAGUCUUUUAAAGUCAAAAAUCCGCGAGAAUCCUUCCCCUGCAUGCUCGUCAUUGACGAAAUUUUGGAUUUUUUACUGUGGGAAAUGCUCAAUAUCGAUCAAGAUUUUUGUCGUUUCAACUCUUUUCAUGCCAUGAUGACAAUUUACACGAAAUACGCUUCCGAAAUUAAGAACGGAUAUUGGAUGACAAACGUUAAGGACGGUUUUGCGAUCGUCGAUCCCGAAAAUAAUCUUCAAAGUAUGCGAGAACGAAUGGUUGAAUACCUUUCAUAUUGGAUGCCAAAGUGGAAAUUAGUCGUUGGUCAAGCUCCAACGAAGGAAAACUUCACGGAACUCUUCGAAAAGGAUGUUUUUGUGUAUUGCGGACACGGAAGCGGCUUCCAAUUCAUCAAAGACUUUGAACUGAUGCAACAUAAAAUCAAACCUGUGACAUUUUUGUUCGGAUGUUCGAGCGGAAGACUCAAUUCCAAAGGCAUGUGGGGCGAAUUGCAAGGCAGUCACACAUAUUAUGCGGCGGGAUUGUGUCCUGCGGUGUUCGGGAUGCUCUUCGUUGUCACAGAUUACUUGACGGAUUUGAUGUCGACCAUUAUUUUGUGUCGCUGGCUGCCAAAUACGGACUGUAAACGCACGUGGUACGAGACUUUUAAGAAGAAUUGGCGAGUUGAUACGAUUCAGAAGCUAAAUAUCGUUCAAUCUGAGGCCGAAAAGAAUUUGUGUCGAAUAAUUUCGGAUUUACGGAGAGAAACGUCGAUUACGAUACGACAACGAGCUGCCAUGUGUUACCGCGGAUUGCCUGUGUGGAAUGGAAAUUAGUCAAAAAUACGUACUUUUAAUAAAAAAUUUAAUUGAAAAUCGAAAAA